UCAUUGUAAACAGGCGGAGGCUGGGCGGGGUGGGAAUGGGGCUUCUGAGACCGGCCGGGGGUGCCGCGCAGGAGGCGGCUACGGUGGCUGCGACGGCUGCGUGAGCGCAAAGAGGCGGUGGCUGCGGCUGAAGCGGGCGGUCGCGCGGCAGCUGGCACAGAUGUAAUGGAUAGGUAACAGAAAAGGACUUCACCUCUUGUCAGAGAGUCAGAAUGACUGAGUGCUUCCUGCCCCCAACCAGCAGCCCCAGUGAGCACCGUAGGGGGGAGCAUGGCAGUGGUCUUACUCGAACCCCCAGCUCUGAAGAGAUCAGCCCUACUAAGUUUCCUGGAUUGUACCGGACUGGUGAGCCCUCCCCUCCCCACGACAGCCUCCAUGAGCCUCCUGAUAUUGCAUCUGAUGAUGAGAAAGAUCAUGGAAAGAAAAAAGGGAAAUUUAAGAAGAAGGAAAAAAGAACGGAAGGUUAUGCUGCCUUUCAGGAAGAUAGCUCUGGUGAUGAAGCCGAAAGCCCUUCCAAAAUGAAGAGGUCUAAGGGCAUCCAUGUUUUCAAGAAGCCCAGCUUUUCUAAAAAGAAGGAGAAGGAUUUUAAAAUAAAGGAGAAACCCAAAGAAGAAAAACAUAAAGAAGAAAAACACAAAGAAGAAAAGCAUAAAGAGAAGAAAUCAAAAGACUUGACAGCAGCCGAUGUUGUUAAACAGUGGAAGGAAAAGAAGAAAAAGAAAAAACCAAUUCCGGAGCCAGAGGUGCCUCAAGUUGAUGUGCCAAGUCUCAGACCCAUUUUUGGAAUUCCUUUGGCUGACGCAGUGGAGAGGACCAUGAUGUACGAUGGCAUCUGCCUGCCUGCAGUUUUCCGAGAAUGUUUAGAUUACGUGGAAAAGUAUGGCAUGAAAUGUGAAGGCAUCUACAGAGUUUCAGGAAUUAAAUCAAAGGUGGAUGAGCUAAAAGCAGCCUAUGACCGAGAAGAGUCUCCAAAUUUAGACGAAUAUGAGCCUAACACUGUAGCCAGUUUGCUGAAACAGUAUUUGAGAGACCUUCCAGAGAAUUUGCUUACCAAAGAGCUGAUGCCCAGGUUUGAAGAGGCUUGUGGGAGGGGCACCGAGAGUGAGAAAGUGCAGGAAUUCCAACGCUUACUGAAGGAACUGCCAGAGUGUAACUAUCUUCUCAUUUCCUGGCUGAUUGUACACAUGGACCAUGUUAUCUCCAAGGAACUGGAGACAAAAAUGAACAUACAGAACAUUUCUAUAGUGCUCAGCCCAACGGUUCAGAUUAGCAAUCGUGUCCUGUAUGUGUUGUUCACACAUGUGCAAGAGCUCUUUGGAAAUGUGGUACUAAAACAAGUGACAAAACCUCUUCGGUGGUCUAACAUGGCCACUAUGCCCACACUGCCAGACACCCAGGAGAGCAUCAAAGAAGAGAUCAGAAGACAGGAGUUUCUUUUGAAUUGUUUACAUCGAGAUUUGCAGGGUGGGAUAAAGGAUUUAUCUAAAGAAGAAAGAUUGUGGGAAGUACAAAGAAUUUUGACAGCCCUCAAAAGAAAACUGAGAGAAGCUAAAAGACAAGAGUGUGAAACCAAGAUUGCACAGGAAAUAGCCAGUCUUUCAAAAGAAGAUGUUUCCAAAGAAGAAAUGAAUGAAAAUGAAGAAGUUAUAAAUAUUCUCCUUGCCCAGGAGAACGAGAUCCUGACUGAACAGGAAGAGCUUCUAGCCAUGGAGCAGUUUCUGCGCCGGCAGAUUGCCUCAGAGAAAGAAGAGAUAGAACGCCUUAGAGCUGAGAUUGCUGAAAUUCAGAGUCGACAGCAACAUGGUCGAAGUGAAACUGAAGAGUAUUCCUCUGAGAGUGAGAGUGAGAGUGAAGAUGAAGAGGAGCUGCAGAUCAUUCUGGAAGAUUUACAAAGACAGAAUGAAGAGCUGGAAGUAGCCAAUAUCUAA